UAUUUAUACAUUACCUCCUGCUUUGCACAAAUGGAUAGCAAAUAUUUGUCAAAUGUUAUUUUAACUGGCUGUGACUCUCUCCUGCUAUUUCACUUUUCUUCCCUAACACUUGUGAUAACUAAAUGACAAUUAUCUUCAUGUGGUUAUGAAAAUACUUAAACUACAGAUUUAAAUGAUUACUUUUUGGCUAAUAUAGGUUGUGAGUUUGAUGUUACAGCUAAUGCUGCUGCAAAUAUUUCUGCACCUAAUGAAUUGAAGCAAUAGAUGAUUUCAAAGAUAUGGAAAGAUUUCUGUGAAUUGAUGUAGAAUGAAAUGAGCAGAAACAAAACCAUUUAUACUAUAACAAAAUAGUACAAAUAUGAACAAUUUCAAAGAAUUUUAUAAACUGAAGAAUGAAAUAAGCAAGCUGACCCAUACAAUAGUUUAAAAAUUAUCAAUGUAAUGACCACAUAUGAUUCUAAAAGACAGAGGAUGCUCAAACUUGCUAUCCAUUAAAGAAGUGAUAGGUUUAGAUUGCAGGAGACAUAAUUUUGGGGGAUAUAGGUAUUGGGAGAAUUUGGUUUGCCUAAGUAUGCAUAUUUGUUUUAAGAUUUUUUUUCUGCUUCAGUGAGGAGGGUGGAAGAGAAAAAAAUGAUAUCUAUUAAUUCUUUAUUAAAGAAGUAUAUGUAUGUGUUUAAUACAGAUGUGAAAUGCUACAUAAACUUUCAGUCAAGGUCACUGUAUUAUUAUUACUUAAACAUUUUUGUUACGAGGCCUCUCAGAAAAUGGGAAUAAUCUGCAAAUAUCUGUAAUGUAAAAAACCAAAACACAAAAAUAAAACAGAAAAAUUAGUGCAGUCGUAAAUUUUUCUGUAAAUAACUGUGUAUGUGUAUAAAAUCAAUUAUUUCCCCCUUUGCUUCGUUUAUCUUUGUUCUUUCAAUUUGGAGAGCUAAGUGAUAACAGUGAAAUAAUCACUGGAUUCUAAUCUUAGUUAGAGUCGGGACUCUAAAUCUUAAUUUUCUUAUUUCUCAAGCAGGGAUAAUAUAUUAGCACAAGAGGAUUCAUUUGCUGUGGUUCCUAGGCAUUCAAGUUCCAUAUGAGUUCCUGCAACCAUUUUUAUAUACCCUUUUCACUAAUGUGAAAUGAAGACGGUACGAGUAGGUUAUAUCCAUCGUGUCCUCCUGUUUUAAAGCCUUCCCCCUAUGUCAAGUGGGCUAAUAAUAAGAGCAGUGUACUGUCCUGGGAACUAGUCUUGGCCAGAGGAAACCCGGAUUCAAAUACAACUCCUAACGCUUAACUAGCUAAAUGACUUCACCUUGCAGCCUCACUUUCCCAGUCUGUGAACUUGAGACCGCACUGCCUUUUCUCCGAGGUCUGAAAACUGGCUCUUCCCCGCUGCCCUUUGCCUGCUCUGGGACCGUGGGCCAGUGACUUUCCCCUCUGAACCUCGGUAACAAGGAUGCACUGAUGAUCUCAUUUUAGGGGCACUCAUGUUGCAGCCCAGGGACGCGCGCUUUCAAAUUUCUGUUCCGCCACUCCCCCACAGCUUCCGACCUCCGUGUCCCUUUCAGCUUGCACACCUGUCGCUCUCAGGGAGCCCAGAGCAGCAGUCUCUACCCGAAGCAGAGCUAAACUCGGGCACGCCCGCCCCCUCCGCAUCGCUUACUCCGCUCCGGGUUUUGCCGCUCGCUCGGCCCAGCGGCCCGUCGGGGGCGCGCUCGGCGCUGGAGCCGUGGCGGGGACGCGCAGGGCGGGGUCGCGCCUCCUCCCGCGUCUCCUGUUUCAGCCGCUGCUACAGGGGCACCCAAGAUGGAAAUCCAGGGGCUGCUCGCGGCCCAGACCCCGCGCGAGAACCAACAUGGCGGCGGUGGCCGCGGCGGCGCCGCUUGUCCCCGGCCGCCUCCGCCGCUGCCGCUGCCCGCGGCCUCCCGAGCCUGCGGAGGGUCCGGCCCGCCGGCCGCCUCGGCCCCCGCGCGACGUCGCCUGGUGCUCCGGGGCCCAGAAGAUGGCGGGUCGCUGCUGCGACGAGAGAAGCCGCCGCCACCCGGGGAGGCCGAGGUGACCUCGGCCGCCGACCUGAGCCUACCGCUGCUGCUUUUGGAGGAGAAGCCGCCGCCGCCGCCGCCGCCGCCUCCACCCGGUCCGCUCACUGAUUCCGGCCCCUCGGUUUCCUCCCCGCAGCUGCCGCUCCUUGCGCCCGAGCCUGGCGGCGGCGACUCCUUCCUGGUGGUGCUCAACCUAGGGCGCGGAGCCGAGGCGGAGGCCGGCGCCGGGGCGGCCAAGCCCAGGCCCGGGGAGGCGGCAGCGGCGGCCACGCUCAAGGACGAGGGCGGAGACGGCGACGAGGCUGGGGGCGGCGCGAGUCCGGCUCCCCGCGCGCCCGCCCGGCCCCGCGAGCAAACCCCGACCCCGGCGCCCUGUGGAGCCCCCGCCGUUCCUGCCGCCGCUGCCGCCUUCUCGGGCACCAUUACCAUCAACAACCAGAACCUCAUCGUGCGCAUCGAGAACGGCUUCCUGACGCUGGCGGCGCCGCUGGGCGCGGAGCCCGGAGCCGCCAAGGCCGGACCGCAGUCCACGGUCCCGCUGCCAGACCAGUCCCCGCCACUCGGCCACGCCGAUCCGCCCGAGCUGGCCCUGCCCGACCCCGUGGCCAGCUUCCUGCUGGCCGAGCCCGCGGCCAAGGGCCCCGCGCCGCCGGCCGCCCCACCGGCUCCGGGGACCGAGGGCGGCGCGGGCGGGUCCGGCUCUGGGGGCGCGGGCGUCGUGCUAGUUUACCACUGCCCCGAGCCCGGCUGCCCGCAGACCUUCCCCAAAAAGCAUCAGCUGAAGCUGCACCUGCUGUCGCACAGCAGCACGCAGGGCCAGCGGCCUUUCAAGUGCCCCCUGGACGGCUGCGGCUGGUCCUUCACCACGUCCUACAAGCUCAAGCGGCACCUGCAGUCGCACGACAAGCUGCGGCCUUUCAGUUGCCCCGCGGGGGGCUGCGGUAAGCGGUUCACCACGGUCUACAACCUCAAGGCGCACAUGAAGGGCCACGAGCAGGAGAACACGUUCAAGUGCGAGGUGUGCGCCGAGCGCUUCCCGACGCACGCCAAGCUCGCGGCGCACCAGCGCAGCCACUUCGAGCCCGAGCGGCCCUACAAGUGCGAGUUCCCCGGUUGUGAAAAAACCUUCAUCACAGUAAGUGCUUUAUUUUCCCAUAACCGAGCCCAUUUCAGAGAACAAGAGCUGUUUUCCUGCUCCUUUCCUGGAUGCAACAAGCAGUAUGAUAAAGCCUGUCGCCUAAAAAUCCAUCUAAGGAGUCAUACAGGUGAAAGACCUUUCAUCUGUGAUUCAGAUGGUUGUGGCUGGUCCUUUACCAGUAUGUCUAAACUUCUGAGGCACAAAAGGAAACAUGAAGACGACAGGAGGUUUACAUGUCCAGUAGAAGGUUGUGGUAAAUCAUUUACAAGAGCAGAACAUUUGAAAGGCCAUAGUGUAACCCAUCUGGGCACAAAGCCAUUUGAAUGUCCAGUAGAAGGUUGCUGUGCUCGGUUCUCUGCACGGAGUAGUCUGUACAUCCACUCAAAGAAACACCUUCAGGAUGUGGAUGCUCUGAGGAGCCGCUGCCCUGUAUCAAGUUGCAAUAAGUUGUUCACAUCCAAGCACAGUAUGAAGUCUCACAUGGCCAAACAGCAUAAUUUUAGUUCAGACCUCUUAAGCCAGCUUGAAGCUACAAGUUUUCUUACACCCAGCAGUGAACUUACCAGCCCGGCGCAGAACGAUCUUAGCAAUAUAGACCUUGUGUCUCUCUUCUCUAAUGUGUCUAGUAACAAUUCUGCAAUUACAACAGACAUGGCAUUAGUGAACUCUGGAAUUUUGACAAUAGAUGUUGCUUCAGUGAGUUCAACUCUUGGGGGGAACCUUUCUGUUAAUAAUAAUAACAGUUCCUUGGGGCAGGCUGUGGACCCCUUGAUAUUGGUGGCUAGCAGUGAUAUGCCUCACAGUCUCGAUAGCUCUCUGUUGCUGGGUACGACCACCACGGUUUUACAACAAAGCACUUUAAAUUUGGAUGAUGUCCAGACUGUAAAUGCAGAAGCACUGGGGUCUCUGGCAUCUCUGUCGGUGAAGAACUCUGGUCAAGAUCUUCCUACUCUGACAUCUAGCAAUAACUUAACAAUAGAGCCAGCCACACUAACUCCAUCCAGCAGCCUCACUGGGAGCAAUGUUCCUGGACUCCUGACGCCACCCAAAACCGAACAGGACUUGCUUCCUAGCUCAGACAUUGUUGGACAACAGGAAGGGAGCAAAGUUGUGACUCAGUUUGUAUUCUCCAACCCAACAGCAAGCUACAGUGCUCAGAAAGAAAUGGAUCUUAACACAGUGCCUGGGAGCUCAUUUUUGGACAGGAAGGCCUGGGGUCAACUCUCCCCUUCGACACAACUUGGCCAUGGGACCCCGAGAAUUACUUCCCUUGUCAGGACUCUGGACAGGUCUUCGCCUCUUAAGUUAAGAUCGAGUGACUCACAAACUUUUCUUUGGUCUCAGGAAAGUGGGGGCUCAGCAAGAACUGAUUAUCGAGCCAUUCAGCUAGUCAAGAAAAAAAAAGAGAAAGGGCCAGGAAGCAGCACAGGGUCAUCAGGAUCUACUCAAAGGAAAUUAAAAGGUGGCAAAGAGAGUCCCACUAAUUUCUCUACAAGUCAUAGCAGUCGAUUAUGUGGGAAUAUUGUAGUGCCGAAUGGAGGCUUAACAGUACGAGAUCCAACAACUGGAGCUCACUUUGUUCAGAUUCAGUUGUUGCAGGAUGAUCCCCCUGGCGAUGGAGAUUCACCAUUUCAGCUCAGCUCUCAGUCUUCCACAACACAUUCUCAGCUUACUGUGGAUUUACCAGUACAUAUACUUCAGGAGCCACAUACUUCAACCGAGGACGAUGCUGGUUCUGAUAACUCACAGUUCACAGGAAGCACAAUAAAUUUACAGGACCUAGAAUGAGACUAUUAAUAUUACUUUGGGGGUGGGGAGGGAUGCAAAGAGUGCAAUCAUGCUAUGGAAAAUGGAAAAGAUGUUUCCAGAGCUUAAUUUUUAAAGAAAAUGUGAAAAAAAAAAUGGAGCUAACGCAUCUUGUUUUAUGGUUCCACACAAAGAGUUUCUUCAGAAGACUCUUUGAUGUAUCAAUAGAUGUUGUUUGCCUUCUGUUUGGACUGUUAGGAAAGGGUCCUUGGGUUGGGUUGGGUUGUAUGAAGCUGCCUUGCAGAAUAGAAGGGCUAUGAUAAAAAUAAGCACUUUGAUUCAGUAAUUUAUACCACUUGGUUUGUGAACCUGCCUUUCCAUUGUUGAACUUGUCACAAAUGACUUGUUGCAGUAAAUAAGGAUUCUUGGGAGGGGGACAAAGAUUGAGGCUGAUCAGUAAAGGUGAGAUCAGCCAUCUGACCAUUCUCUGGGCACUUAGACUAGAAGGGAGGAAGGUGCCCUGAUGGGGACCUUGCACUUGAGAGGUGGGCAGCACCUGCCAGGGCACUCUCAGAGGCCUUCUAUCGAACUGAGGGGAUAGAUUGUCCUCUGAGAGUGCCAAGACAGAAUCCAAGACUCUGCAUUAGUCAUAGCUGAUCCACCCACUGAGCAUCCUCUCUCUGGAUGCCCUUGGGCUGGCAUGAUCCCAGCACUUGGACCUAGGGAGGAUUAGAACUGGGAGAGACCUGAGAGGCCAUCUUGACAAGGCCCUUAUUUACAGAGGAAAUUGGGGCUCCAAGGGGGUCACAGCAGCAUUUGAACCUAUGUCUUCCUGAUUCCAAGUCCAGCUCUGUGUCCACUCUGCUGUACUGCCCUCAUCCAACACGGCAUCAGUCUGGCUGUUGCAUAAGACGGUCUGGUCAGCCUCCCAAGGAGGUGAAGGUGGGAGCCCCGAUGUCAUGGUGUCAAGGAUUUCUGUCUGGGGGGGCUCUUCACCGGCACAGGCCCCAUCCCCGUCUCUCAUCUCAGAAUCGUUUGGGCGAGAUUGCGAUGCCUCCACACUGGCCACUCCACGGUACCUCCAGCCCUGGUGUGUGAGCAGGCAGGACUUCAGCCACGUGAUAUCCCUUCGGUAUGCAUCAGCCUGUUUGGAACAAGAGGAAAAAGCAGGAUGAUGGAGUGCGUAUUGGAGUGGGUUUCUGGCCAUCUUGGUUUUCACACCCCACAUAAAAUUUGGGCCAUAGAGUUUACCUUUUAAAAAAUUAAAUUUUACAUUUGGGUAUUUA